CCAGGCUGUGAUUACAAGUGUUUACCAGUACGCAUGCGAGGCAGCGAAAUACUGGAGAGGAUGGCGGAUUCUAGGAGUGAAGAUGUAGCAGUGAUCGGAAACACCGACCUCAGCGCCGCUGACCCACACAACAACACGAUGACAGAAGAAGGGGUGCCUCUGCUAAAGACAAUGGAGAUCAGUGUUUCAGAGGCAGAGAAGAGAACAGGGAAGAAUGCAGUGAGCAUGCAGGAGGUCUAUACGGUCUACCUAAUCGAAACACGGCCAGUCAACACCAUAAGUGAAGGGCUGAGCGCGGCCCCAGACUCUCUCUGGAGGAGAUACAGUGAAUUUGAGCUGCUGAGGAACUAUCUAUUAGUUACUUUCCCGUACAUUGUUGUACCUCCAUUACCUGAAAAACGGGCAGAAUUUGUCUGGCACAAGCUGUCAGCAGAUAACAUGGAUCCUGAUUUUGUGGAAAGGCGGCGAAUUGGGCUGGAGAACUUUCUGCUCCGCGUUGCUUCACAUUCUGUCCUCUCGAAAGACAAGAUAUUUUACCUGUUUUUAACACAGGAUGAUGGCUGGAAAGACGUGGUGUAUGAUACAGGCUUUCAGGCAAAGGCUGACUCCAGGCUGAAAGCCCUGAAUGCUACCUUUAGAGUAAAGCAUCCUGACAAAAGAUACACAGAACUGAAACACUACAGUGAUGAAUUGCACUCAGUCAUAUCUCAAUUGCUUCGAGUCAGAGCUAAAGUAGCAGACCGCUUGUAUGGGGUAUACAAAGUUCAUGGAAAUUAUGGAAGAGUGUUCAGUGAAUGGAGUGCCAUAGAGAGGGAGAUGGGGGAUGGGCUGCAGAGCGCUGGUCACCACAUGGACGCGUAUGCUGCUUCAGUCGAUGAUAUACUGGAAGAAGAGGAGCACUAUGCAGAUCAGCUAAAGGAGUAUCUUUACUAUUCUGAAGCCCUAAGGGCAGUUUGCAGGAAACAUGAGCUAAUACAAUAUGAGUUGGAGAUGGCUGCUCAGGAUCUUGUCUCCAAGAAGCAGCAACGUGAAGAGUUGGCAACCGGGACUGUGAGGACGUUUUCCCUGAAAGGAAUGACCAGCAAAUUGUUUGGACAGGAGACUCCAGAGCAAAGAGAGGCCAAGUUAAAAAUCUUAGAGCAACAAAUAGUUGAGGGGGAGGAGUUGGUGAAGACCAGCAACGCAGAAUGCGAUGAAUAUGUACGGAAUGCUUGGGUAGAUAUUGAUCGCUUUAAAGAGCAGAAGAACCAAGACCUGAAGGAGGCCCUUAUCAGCUAUGCUGUGAUGCAGAUCAGCAUGUGUAAAAAGGGAAUUCAAGUAUGGAACAAUGCUAAAGAGUGUUUCAGCAAAAUGUCACAUUGAUACCAAAUCCCGUAACUUCAGAGGAGCAACAAACAACAGAAGCAAAGCCAAUGAUUACGGACACCAAGAAAAUGGUGAAAUAACACAAGACCAUUUCAAGUUGAGCACAGUGGAUCUUAUUUAAUGUGAUUGGCCCAAAUCGUUUAUUUCAGAUGAAAGAAAGGCAGAAAAUUAUUAUUUUUUUACAAUAAGAUGAAAUCAUGUUUUAGUAAAGAAAAAAGAUGAAUGGGACCCUUUAAAAAUAAUGUGGCGCUGCUAAAUUCUUGUAGGCUAUGUAGAUUUAGAUAGUUUCCAUAUGUACCCACUAGAUGCCAAUUUUUUCCAUAGUGUGUUUUUUUUUUUUUUUGUGCAAGUUUUCUGAGGUUUGUAAAGUAUGUAGUUUUGGUUGAAAAUGUUUCCCUCAAAAUGGUUUUAGACAUACUAUUUAAAUACAUGGUUUCCAUAAUUUUUAAAUCUUGUCUUCAUAUGUAUCAUAUCACUAGAUUUUUAAAUGAAGAGCUAGGAUCAUUUCUAUGGCUGUACUUACGGUCUCAAUUAUAUAUUUUGAAUCCAGUGGUUUAACGUUGACAACCUAUGCAAAAGACAUUGAACAGUGCUGUUUGUGAUUCACAGCUAACCCAAAAAUACACAAUGAACUACUUCACAUUCACAUCUCAGUUAAAACUGUUGAGGAUUUGACAGACAUAGCCAUUACUUUAAAGAAAACAUUGUACUGUUGUGGCUUACUCAUGAUGUUUUUAAAAGGUGUCUAAAACUUUUUACAUAAUUGAAAGAAGUGCUGAAGGUGUGUUUUCUAAUAAACCACACACAAUUCUUGCCAAAGUACCUGGCUUCCAAACUCUCUUGAAAUAAUCAUUUUUUAUUGCAAGCACAGUAUGUUCAUGAGCACAUAUCGCUGUCGGGGUGUUGCAAGCUAGAACAAAAUCUCAGGACUGUUUUCCUUGUAUCAUGGGAGUGUCCUACUUCCAAAGGAUACGUCUCUAUUCACUUUUUAAAAUAGACAUAACCAGUCAGGCAUACCAGGGUGCAAUAAGUAAAGAAUUAAAACUGACUAAAUGCCAAUUUCACAGGAGAACAAACAUAAAAAGAGACAGAUGCCACAGAGCUACACCUUAAAAAUACAAUGUAGAUAUUUUAUUUGAUGCAGUUUGAUUGCCUCUGUUAAGUGCAACUGGUGCCUGCUUUUGUUUCGUUUUUUGUAUCUUUUAUCCAACUUGAAUGUUAGCAUUUAUUGUCAUGCCUGAUUUUGUAGAUAGUUGUAGUAACUUUGACAAGGGAAAGAAUGUGUACAUACAUUGUGCCAAAAAGGAAUAAAGCUUCUAAAUUGUCAGAUUUUGCUUUUUUGUGAAAGUGUACAAGAUGAUUACAUUUUAUAUAUAAU